CUCACACCAUUCUUGCAUAGCCAUCAACCACAAACCAAACCAUACCUCCUCAAACAACAUUCUCAUUCACUCACACUCACCCUCCAUCCUUUGCAAUUUGCACUCCCAGUGGUCUCUGAGUAGAGAGACCUCUGUUGGAGCCUGAAUUUGCUUCAGAUAAUUGACUUUUCAUUUGCCCUUUGGGUUAUUGGAGAUGUCAGCUGUUAUGACCAACAAGAUUCAACAAUCCCAAGGCUUGCUAUCAUGUUCUCUGAAGAUAGAGGACGAGACUGUGCUGACUCAGAAGCAUGGUAUAGUCACCAUUCUGGGCUGUGACACUGAGAAAAACAAAGCUUCUUCUCUGAGAAGAACUCUAUCAGCAGACAUGUCCUCAAAGAAAUGGCUUCCUCAAAAUGGCUCCUCCCCUAAGCAAAAGAUUGCUUCCUCUGAACAACUCUCUGACCCCAAAACCAUUGCUGACUCAUUCUCCUCUUCCUCAGAAGAGGACUAUGAGGAAAACAAGGAUCUUGAAGCUGAAGCUGAAGCUGAGAGGGAAAGGCUUGAGAUUUGGAGCUCAAUCCAAAGAAACAAGAAGGAAGAGCAAGACAAAGCAGUAGCAGGAUCAAUUGAUACUUGGAGCUCAAUCAUAUCAAUGAAGUCCAAUGAUGAAAUCUCCAAAUCACUUCCUCCUUACAUUCACCCUCUUGUGAAAAGGUCAAAAAGCUGCUCUUUGAGUGUGAAGAGCCUUGAAAUUUGCACUGAGAGUCUCGGAUCCGAGACUGGCUCUGAUGGGGUUUUCUCACCCUCCUCUUACACUUCAUCAGAAACAAGGGAAACAGAGGAAGCAGAGCAACAAGAAACAAAACAAGAAGCAGAACAAGAAAAACAAGAAGAGAAAGUAGAAGAACCAGAAGAAGAAGAAGUAGAAGAAAUUCCAAGGUACAAUAACUAUGCUGUUACAGCUACUACAAAGAAGUCCCUACCACGUUCUUUCCCUCCACCACUCCCUCCACUCUCUAACCAAACAGGGCCUUCCCUUCUUCACAUGAGGCCCUACCGUGACAAUGGAAGGUUGGUCCUUGAAGCUGUGACGCUUCCUUCACUCAACAAUUUCUCUGUUCAGCGCCAAGAUGGUCGCCUUGUCCUCACUUUUGCCAAUCCCCAAGAAGAGCCUAUGGAGGAGGAUGAAGCUGAGUACAUGGAAGAAGAAGAGAAUGAGUAUGAUUAUGUGGAGGAUUUGAAGGAAGAGUUUGGAGGGUUUGAGAUGGAAGAAGAUGAUGACGGUGAUGAUGUUGAUCAAGGAGAAGAAAAACAGGAUGAGGAUGAAGAAUUUGAUGUUGAUGAUAGUGAUGGGGAAGAAACAGAAGAGGUUGGGGAAUCUGAGAAUGUUGUUAAGGAUGUAGUGAUGGAGAAAGGGCUGAAAUUUUCAAGUGGGGCAACUAGUGUUAAGAGGGUAGCAUUGAUGGUGAAUAAGCCAAUUGGGCUAGUGAAUAGGAAUCCUAGUUGGUCAGAGAAGUUCAAUGAAGAGGGAAAUUUUGAGAAUGUGAAUGAGGUGGAGGAUGCUAGUCCAUGUCAAAUUGCACAAUCACUCCCACCAAGGCCAAGGGUGGCUAGGUUGAUUCCUUCUAAAACAGCUAUGAAUUCAGCAACAGCAUCUGCUGCAGCUUCUCUCAAUUUCAAUGCUUAUGAACAAUACUGGAGGACCACCACCAAGUCAUCAACAAAUGGUGUUACUAACCCACUUGCUCAAGAGGAUAACAAAAACUCAGCCUUGAAAAACUACAACAGCAACAAGCUCAUUGUCUCAAAUGAGAAUCAGCAAGUUCUGGUUCUGAGAGGGAAAAAUGGUGAUUACUUGGUUCAUAAUUUGAAGAGCUGCAAGGAUUCUAGAAGGUCCUUUCUGUUCUGGGAGCCUUAUUGCAUUGCCACCUCUUGAAGAGUCACAAUCACAAACAAAACAACCUCAUCAUUCUAAUCCAACAUCAACAUCCAUUGCUUAAAUACUAUUUAUUAUUACUCCAUCCUUUUAUCUCUACUCAGUUCCACUCUUUCAGGGAGCUGUUUGUCAAAUAAAAGAAAAGGGAAUGGGAGAAAGUGAUAGUGAAAAAGAAAUACUUAAUUUGCAAGAUCAGAGAAAUGACUUGAAUAGUGUCAUCAUAUAUUAUAUAUUAUAUAAAUAUUUAUCUA